CUCACCUACCAUUAACAAUUUUACGAUCGAUCUUCACUUCACUUCUGCCCAUAAAUACCCACAAUACCCACGAAGCAAAAUCACACAAAGAUCAUCAAUCCCUUCGCAUUUUCCAUAGACAGAUCCAACUUCUAUGCAGCAGAAAGGUAGAUCGUGCAACAGUAGAUCACGAUCAUUCUCAAGAGCUCGCCUCGCAAUCGAAGGCUCAUAGUCCUUGAACCGAAGCUCCGAUUUUCUUGCAACCUUCUCUUUCUUUGUUCUAAUUUUUACUUUUUCGUCUAUUUCUUAAUCCUCAUUUCCCGAAAACCUUAAAAUCUCUUCAAUGGCUGCUGUUGUUAAUGGAGAAGAACGUGAGGUUCAGAAGAAUUACUGGGUGGAACACUCUGUCGACCUCACUGUUGAGGCUAUGAUGCUUGAUUCCAUGGCUUCUGAUCUUGACAAAGAAGAACGCCCUGAGGUUCUUUCACUACUCCCACCUUAUGAAGGGAAAACUGUUCUUGAAUUAGGAGCUGGAAUUGGUCGUUUUACUGGUGAAUUAGUAAAAAAAGCUGGAAAAGUCAUAGCCCUUGAUUUCAUUGAAAGUGUUGUAAAAAAGAAUGAGAGCAUCAAUGGACACCAUAAAAAUGUUGAAUUUAUGUGUGCUGAUGUCACUUCCCCAGACCUAAACUUUGCAGAUGAAUCAAUCGAUUUGAUUUUCUCAAACUGGCUAUUGAUGUAUCUUUCUGACAAAGAGGUUGAAUAUAUUGCUGAAAGACUAUUGAAAUGGGUGAAAGUUGGAGGACAUAUUUUCUUUAGAGAAUCAUGCUUUCACCAAUCUGGAGAUCAUAAGAGAAAGAGCAACCCUACACACUAUCGUGAGCCUAGAUUUUACACCAAGGUGUUUAAGGAAUGUCAUGUGACAAAUGAAUCUGGUAACUCGUAUGAACUCUCUCUUGUUGGAUCCAAAUGCAUUGGAGCUUACGUACGCAACAAGAAGAAUCAAAAUCAGAUUUGCUGGAUUUGGCAGAAGGUGAAUGCGGAAGAAGAUAAGGGCUUUCAACGAUUUUUAGACAAUGUUCAAUACAAAAGCAGCGGAAUUCUGCGAUACGAACGUAUAUUUGGACAAGGGUUUGUUAGCACAGGAGGAAUCGAUACGACAAAAGAAUUUGUUGCGAUGUUGGAUCUGAAACCUGGGCAGAAAGUUCUCGAUGUCGGAUGUGGAAUUGGGGGAGGCGAUUUCUACAUGGCUGAAACUUUCGAUGUCGAUGUUGUUGGGAUCGAUCUUUCUGUAAAUAUGAUUUCGUUUGCUCUUGAAAGAUCAAUUGGGCUUCAAUGUUCAGUUGAAUUUGAAGUCGCUGAUUGUACUAAGAAAUCGUAUCCUGAUAAUUCCUUUGAUGUCAUCUAUAGUCGCGACACUAUUCUCCAUAUUCAAGAUAAACCAGCAUUGUUUCGGACAUUCUACAAGUGGUUGAAGCCAGGUGGCAAAGUUCUGAUAAGUGAUUACUGUAGAAAAUCUGGAAAACCAUCUCAGGAUUUUGCUGAAUAUAUUAAGCAAAGAGGAUAUGAUCUUCAUGAUGUUGAAACAUAUGGAGAGAUGCUUAAAGAUGCAGGCUUUGGAGAGGUGAUAGCUGAGGAUCGAACAGAACAGUUUAGGGAAGUACUUAAAAGGGAACUGGAAAGAGUUGAGAAGGAAAAAGAAGAAUUUAUUCAAGAUUUCACUGAAGAAGACUACAAUGAUAUUGUUGGUGGAUGGAAGUCAAAGCUUGUGAGGACUGGUCAAGGGGAGCAGAAAUGGGGGUUGUUUGUUGCAAAAAAGAAGUGAUUGAUUGGAGUAUGGAUUUAUGAUAUUUCUAGUGUUUUAUUAAGUUCUGAAUGGGUUUCUGAAUAAAAAGAUUGGUGUCCCAAGGUUGGUUAUUGUAAGUUAAGUACUUUGUGUUGUAGAAAUAUUGUUGAUGUUUGAUGCAUUAUGUGUGGUUUUUUUUAAAGUUAUUGGAAAGAACUAAACAUGUUUCUUGCA